AUCAAUCGCCAAGUCCAACGCUGAUGCUGCCUCUCGCAUGCCUAUAUUGGUCUGGUGACGCUGAGGCCUCGUUCCCCAAUAAGACUUGCUCGGCCUCUUCGACGUCGACGGCGUGUCCGUCUCCCCGAGCUCAUUCGUCAUGCCUUCCUCAUUCCCCGCGAGAGGAGGACGAGGGCUCCUCCUGCCGGCGGCGGUUGUGGUGCUAGUACUAUUGGAUGCAGUGGCGCCAGCGGCGGGUUGCUAUCCGCGCGUGUUCAGCUUCGGGGACUCGCUGGCGGACACCGGCAACUGCCUCUUCGUCUACGGCAACAACUCUGGCCAGGCCGGGCUCCGGCCACCCUACGGCGAGACCUUCUUCCACCGCGCCACCGGGCGCGCCUCCAAUGGACGCCUCGUCGUCGACUUCAUCGCGGACGCGCUGGGCCUCCCGUUCGUGCGGCCGUAUCUGAGCGGAGGGAGCGCGGAGGACUUCGCGUGCGGGGCCAACUUCGCCGUGGGCGGCGCCACGGCGCUCAGCCCGGAAGAAAUCCGCGCAAGGGGUUUCGACAACAUGGGCAAUCAAGUGGGGCUCGACAUGGAGAUGGAGUGGUUUCGCGACCUGCUCCACCUUCUCUGCCCCGGCAACCUCGCUGGUUGCUCAGAUAUGAUGAACCAAUCUCUCUUCUUGGUUGGAGAAAUCGGGGGUAAUGACUACAACUUUCCUCUUCUUUCUGGAGUUCCCUUGGAGAAAAUUCGCACCAUGACUCCGAGUGUUGUUGCGAAAAUUUCUUCUACGAUCAGCGAAUUGAUUCAGCUAGGAGCCAAGACUCUUAUGGUUCCAGGAAACCUCCCUAUUGGAUGUGUCCCAGACUAUCUGAUGAUAUUCAAGAGUGAUAAGGAAGAGGAUUAUGAACCACAGACAGGUUGUCUUAGGUGGAUGAACGAGUUCUCACAGUACCACAACAAGCUUCUCGUGGAGGAGCUUAAGAAGCUUCGCAAGCUCCAUCCUGGAGUAACCAUCAUCUAUGCGGAUUACUAUGGAGCUGCUAUGGAGAUUUUCCUUUCCCCUGAACAAUAUGGUUGCUCAGACAUGAUAAGUCAAUCCCUCUUCAUCGUUGGAGAAAUUGGGGGCAAUGACUACAACCUACCUCUUCUCUCCAGAGUGCCGAUUGAAAAGAUUCGCUCAUUCACACCAAGUGUCGUUGCCAAAAUUUCUUCAACAAUCACCGAAUUGAUUGGGCUAGGAGCCAAGAAUCUGGUAGUUCCUGGGAACCUCCCAAUUGGGUGUGUCCCAAAAUAUCUGUUGAUAUUCAAGAGUGACGACAAAGAAGAUUAUGAGCCAGAGACAGGUUGCCUCAGGUGGAUGAACGAAUUUUCAGAGUACCACAACAAGCUUCUCUUGGAGGAGCUGGAGAAGCUGCGCAAGCUUAAUCCUGGUGUGACUAUUAUCUAUGCUGACUAUUAUGGAGCUGCAAUGGAAAUUUUCCAUUCCCCUGAACGAUUUGGUAUCGAGGAACCUUUGGUGGCUUGCUGCGGUGGAGAAGGACCCUAUGGUGUGUCCCUUUCUACAGCCUGUGGAUAUGGAGACUACAAGGUGUGUGAUAAUCCAGACAAGUAUGGCUCGUGGGAUGGUUUCCAUCCAUCGGAAGCUGCAUACAAAGGCAUUGCAAUGGGCCUUUUGCGAGGGACAUACACACAACCAUCUAUUGCUUCCACCACCAGUUCCUGUCCACAGCUCACUGAGCUCGGCUCUUCUGUUGAAUACAAGAGCCGCGGUACUGUACUGCACUUCUCGGCAGUGGCCCACGUGAUUGGUUGGGUUUUGUUUUACCUUCUCUUUUUCAGUUACAGGGGUGCUUUUACCAUCCAUAGAAGGUAUACCAAGAGGAACUACAGAAUUAUACUUGGGGGUCCCCAAACUCUUCGUACCUCCCAAUGACUUCAAAAUGGCCGAUUAAAAGGAGAGGAUACCAAAUCUUUGAUCAUCUUGGCUGGUACAGCGGAGAUGCUAUCUACUCCAUUUCCAUUUCUUGUAAAUGCAACCAUCAGUUCUUCCGAUUAACGUGAUGCCGAGCUGAACUUCUGCAUUAUUAGGAAGUAAACAGCUUUGUCAGUGACGGAGCCAGAAAGUUUUAGAAGCCCGGGCGAUUUUUAUUGUGCA